AUGUACGCAGAUCGCGAAGAGGCUCUGCGUGGCAUGCCACAUGCAGCUCCAGCUUAUGGAGGGACGUCCAAUGCCCAAGAGCGUGAACGAGAGCUUCAGGAGCAGCUUCGGCAGCGUGCAGCGGACUCAAGGCAGCGGCCACUUUCUGCCGGACACGCGUCGCCAGAGGAGCAAAAUUUGCAAUAUGGACGUACUGAGCGCAGGCGAGGUGGGCAUGAGGGUGAGCGUGCUCGUUACAGCUACGAUCGUCGCAGUAAUAUGGACGACGGGCGGGGACACGACAAUUGGCGCCGCAAUGAGUACACACGACGAAGGAGUCGAAGCCCGAACGUCUCCGUUACGUCGACAUCUACUGGUUACGAAUCACGUUCCGUUUUUUGCUCACGACUUUCUGCCGCAGUCGGACAACGCGAUCUGGGUGAACUUUUCGAAGAAAAAUUGGGCGAAAAUGCAGUGGCCAGCGUGCAUAUCAACGUGGAUUUCACUACGGGAAACAGCAAUGGCACUGCCUACGUGGAAUUAAACGAUGGUAAUUUGGCACACAAAGCGCUGCAGCUUACGGGUGAGACAAUGUUUGGCAAGGCCAUUGCUGUGCAGCCCGUGGAAGCGGCCCGCACACAUGCCUCAUUCCACUCACUAAAGAUUCCUGCGUUGGAAACAGCGCCAAGCUCUGCUUCCCAUCAAUCAUAUGCACUGCCAACAUAUGAACCGCAAACCCAUGUGAGUAGCUUUCCACCGAACUCGAACCCAGCUGCGCGUCUAUACGUCGGCAACUUGCACUUUGACAUUGCAUCGGAGCAUGUUCGCGCAGUAUUUGAGCCGUUUGGUGGAGUUGAGGAUGUGGAAGUGUACUUUGACAACAUGACCGGGAAAAGUAAAGGAUUUGCCUUUGUGCAGUUUAAGAGUGAGGAUCAGGCUCAUCUUGCGAUGGAGCAACUCAAUGGAUUUGAGCUUGCUGGCCGCCCGUUGCGCAUAGGAACAUCUAAUGCGCGCGUUCCCAAUGGUCCCGCGCGACCUACGGACAGUAUGAGACAUUACGACAGCGGAGCGCGCAAUGCUACGAACCCUGCUGAUAAGAAAUUUGCACUCAUGGAAAAGCUUGCUCGGGUCGAUCCACAGUCACAAGAACCUGUACGCCCCUCCUCGAUUCCACGCGCUACUACCAGUGCGUUGGCCCUAAGAAACAUGUUUGAUCCUGCGACCGAAACUGGGAACUGGGCGCCAGAGCUUCAGGAGGAAAUCAGAGUCGAAUGCGAAAACUUUGGUAAAGUGCUCAGUGUGUUUGUGGAUAAAGAGAGUGUUACUGGUGAAGUGUUUGUUUCGUUUGCCGAUGCCGAGCAAGCAGAGCGUGCGCGAAGUGCAUUGACCGGGCGGUUCUUUGCAGGGCGCCGGAUUGAAGCGAACUUGUACGUUAUUGUAUCUGACUCAUUUCAGCGUUUCUGCAGCAUUCAUUAA